CCUCUCUCUUAAGCACUUCCAACAGUGCCUAACACAAACAGUGGAGUCUGUUGGCUCGAUCCAGGUUCAGCUGACUUCGCGUUCCCUCUCCUUUUCUUACCCUUGUCAGUCUUACUCCUCUGUCCCUGGGAUUUGCCAAAGAAGGCAGUUCUGUUCUCUCCACACACACACACCUUUUUAAAAAAGUAGGGAUGGAAAUGUCGUCUUCUUUUUGCUAGUCGCUUCCUCGGAGAGCCAUUAGGAAUCCUGAAUGGAGCUGGGAAGCUGGAUAUAUUUUCUCACUCUCUAGGAUGCUGCGCAAAGCGUUGGAAGGGGGUUGAUCGGGCCACAAGCCCUUCUGAGCUGGGCUGAAGUUUCUUUUCGGCUUUGAAGAGGGGGGAGUAGGAGAAGCAAAGAAGGAAGGCUUCCCUCCUGAACUUUCUUUAUUUUAUUCUCUAAAAGAAGAAAGAGACUCCACAUUUGGAACGGGGAUCAUGGCUUUGAGCUCCAGGGCGCAUGCUUUCUCCGUGGACGUUUUAGUGGGCAACUCGGGGAAGCGCAAACUUCUGGAUUUGGAAGAAGAGGAGCGCUCUGCUGAGAAAGUAGCCGAGAAGACAGUCUUCGGGAAAAACCAGGCGCCAGAAAAGAAAUCUAAGGGAGAAACGGCGGGCUCCCUCCCGGAGGAAACCAGAGAAGGGGCCGGAGCGAUCCAAGUGGACCUGCAAGGUUCGGAAUUGUGGAAGAGGUUUCACGAAAUCGGCACUGAAAUGAUUAUCACCAAAGCCGGCAGGUAUGUCUACCACAGCUCCCAGUGGAUGGUGGCCGGAAACACAGACCAUUCUUGCAUCACACCCCGGCUUUACAUCCACCCAGAUUCCCCUUGCUCUGGAGAGACCUGGAUGAGACAGAUCAUCAGCUUUGAUCGGGUGAAACUGACCAACAAUGAGAUGGACGACAAAGGGCAUAUUAUUCUGCAGUCCAUGCACAAAUACAAGCCAAGAGUCCAUGUCAUCAUCCAGGAUUCCCGGUUUGAUCUUUCCCAGAUACAGUCACUGCCAGCAGCAGGGGUUCAGACCUUCUCAUUUAAAGAAACUGAAUUCACCACUGUCACAGCCUAUCAAAACCAGCAGAUAACAAAACUGAAGAUUGACCGGAAUCCCUUUGCUAAAGGGUUUAGAGACCCUGGAAGAAACAGAGGAGUAUUGGAUGGACUUCUGGAAUCAUAUCCGUGGAGACCAUCACUUACCCUGGAUUUUAAGUCUUUUGGUGCAGAAAGUCAGGGUGGAAGUCCUGGGUCUUCCCCUGUGACACCCCCCGGGGGAACCCCGUCUCCUCUCAGCUCUCUUCUCUCUCCCUCUUGCUCUCCUCCUACACUCCACCUGUCAGCAAGCAACCUCAGAAUGUCAUGCCCGGAAUCUUACCUCCACCACUUUGGCCUCCCCGUCUGCUACAAGAUUUGCCCUACCGGCCUUUUAAGACAGCCAUCGCUGAUAUUCCCAAGCCAUCCUAAACUGGGAAAUGCUUCCAGCCCACCCCUUUUGCCUCACUUCAUGGUGGAGAUGCCUGCACUGUCUUCUCUGAGCAUAACCAACGUCAAAAGUGGCAAAGCAGAAGACUUAAAUGGACCAAGGCCCCAAGGGCCCAGUUCUGCUGGGCAUAUGCUGUAUGGCUUGCAUGCAUCUGGAAACAUUUUCCCAUCAAGUCCCAUUACCCAGGAAGCCCUUGAUUGUGCCUUACAUCCUCCAUAUGGUUUCUACGGCUAUAACUUCUCGAUGCCAUCCAGGCUGAUGAACGCAACAGGACAUUUCAAAGCAAGCGACGGUGUUCCAUCCCCUCUCAGAGAGAGCAGGUGCAACCACUCUCCCUGGCCUUCUGCAAUUAACCACUGCCUCUAAUGGGACUCCUUUAACAUCGCAGAAGCAGUGGCAUGUCAAACUCUGCAGAGCUUCCGGCUUUGGCUCAUCAGCAAAAGCUGAUGGAUUCUUGGCAGUGGACCAUGGAGUGGACCAUAAUCGGAUGAGUUGAGCGCAAAACUUUGGCAUCCUGAGAUUCUCUAUGGCAGUGAAAUUGUGCAUGGUUGUGUGUGUUUUUUUAGGGAGUGGAGUUUGCUAAAUAUUUACUGGAAGGGCAAAAUCCGCCAACUGUUUGUUGCGGGAGGGAAGCUCACCGUUAUUAUACUGGCAGUGUAUCAAGAGCAGAGCUUCGGUCCUGGCUGCCUGGACACUAUAUAGUGUCUUCCACUGUGCCUCAGAAAUAGAGAUGCAGGAUCAUUCCCUGAAGAUGGGAAGUACGUAGCUUCUGGUGUAUCUCUGGGAAGGUGGUGGCGGGGAGAGGUGGACACUAUUUGGUGAAUAUUUGACAAAAUGACCCUCCUUUUGUGGGGGAAGGCUCAAGGGUAAACAAAAAACAAAAAAACACCACUCAGAAUUUUGCUCUCCACUCAGAAACAAAAGUAUUUUGAGAAAUUGUGGCUGAGCUCUACCCAAGCUGCCUCACUGAUUUUCUCAAGGGACCAUCUGCUUUCAUAAUAACUACACAAAAUAUGAAAGAUAUUGAAAUAGGGGGGAAGCUGAGAUUGCUAAUUUACUCAGUCAUUUAAAGAAUUUGGGUAAAAUGUAGAUUGGACUUUCUUUUAUUAUUAUUAUUCUUUUUAAAAAGCACUUUGCAGCAGAAUUUUAGCAUCCAUGAGAUUACUGAAGUGUAAAGUGAUCCGAAGGUUAUUUUCACCAGACUCUGUGCCUUUCUCAUUCCUCAGAGUUAUUUUGAGAAUAUCUUUGCAUACUCAAAUUGAUUUCAUGGAUCUUUUAAAGGACUGAUGCCUCAAUGCUUCCUGUCCCCAACUCCCUCUCCCUGUUCUCUGAGCAAAGCACUUAUUAGACUAUU